AUGGCUGAGGCAGAACCAUUCUUAGCAGAUGGCAAUCAGGAAUUAUUUCCCUGUGAAGUCUGUGGAAGACGCUUUGCAGCAGAUGUUCUGGAAAGGCAUGGACCAAUACGUAGAAAACUGUUCAACAAAAAGCGUAAACCUUUCAAUUCCUUAAAACAAAGAUUACAGGGCACUGACAUUCCCACUGUGUGGAAGGCUCCUCAAUCCAAGCCUCAAUCCAUGAGAAAAUCUAACUGGAGACAACAACAUGAAGACUUCAUUACUGCGAUUCGAUCAGCAAAGCAGUGUACACUAGCCAUUAAAGAAGGCCAGCCUCUCCCACCUCCACCCCCUCCGUCCAUCAACCUAGAUUAUAUUCGGUGUCCAUAUUGUAUGAGGAGAUUUAAUGAAACCGCAGCCACUCAACACAUUAAUUUCUGCAAGGAUCAGUCUUCUCGCCGAGUCUUUUAUCCAGCCCAGACAGCAGCCAAAUUGGCAACCAGGGCACAGGGUAGGGUUCAGAUGAGUCCAAAAGGAGGAACGACUGUAACCAGUGCUGUGGGAGCUCUGCUGCAGAACAGGGCCCUGGAGGCCAGUGUGGUCCCAACCAGGCCAGGAUUAGCAGUGGACCCUGCUUCUGGAGCAAAACUCAGACAAGGAUUUACUAAACCUAAAAAAAGAUUAACUCCUAGAGGCCAGACUGGCUCCCUAAAAGUCCUCAGCCUGGAUGGCUGUGUACCCAGGAAAGCCACCUAAGGGGAAGGAUGGGGAGGCAUCUGUUUACAUGCCCAUGAUUUCUCUUGAGACAUCAUGUAGAACAAGUAAAUCAGGUAUGUGUUCUGGAAUUGACUGAAGACUCGUAAGCCACAUAAAAGUAUUUAUGGAACCUUCUGUAAAUGGAAUUUGGGAAGCUUGAGCUGAGGGGAGCUGCCACUCUACCACUCUCCGCUUGCUCUGAGAGACUGCCUUCCCUUGGAGAGGUAAGUGGAUUUGUGAACUGAGACAUCCCAGAGCAGUAGAUUCCUACUGACGAGGUAACCUGUGUCCCUCUGUCUCAUUUUCUUCCCCGCAAGUGAAACCGUAGUUUAAGGACCCACCAUGUCAGUUCCACACAUGCAACAGCCCGGCCCCAGGUAGCUUAUCUACAAUGCCUCCCACCCUUUAUGGUCAUCAGUAUCACCUUUAAGGACUGGGAACCAGUUUCUCACAUUUGGCUAAUAUGCUGCUUUAAUGGGCGAACGAACUCAAGGUUUCCCUUUCUCUACCCACCCCCACCCUAUUUCGAGGUAAAACAAGCAAAAAUAAACAGUAUUAUGGGGGAAUACUUUCUGAAGAA